AUGGUUAAUAGCGAUAGUGAAAUGAGAACUAAUAACGAGAUUAAGAUGUUUGAAGAAAUAGUUGCAAUUGAUGAAGGAAUUAAAACGAUUAAAAUUCAAUUCGAACUGCUUACUAGUUUUUGGAAAGCCCAUAAUUAUCUAAUUGAUAACUUGGUUAAAUUGCUAUAUGAUCGUACAAAAAAAAAAAACUCAACUCGUAUGUUAAAAUUUUCAAUGGAUGAUUUUGAGAUGACAAGCCUAUGGAAAAAAGUGAUAGUCAAAUGUGAGACUGAUUAUGGUAGAGCAAAUGAUGCUAUUGUAAAUGGUUCAUUUCAUAAUACAGUCAUCGAUAUAUCAUAUGACACUGAUGUUGGUCCGAGUAAUAUUGAUUUUAUUCCUGUCAAUACCAAUAAUAACGGUAAAAUAAUCUUAUGUAAAUGUAUCGCUGUGAUUAUAACUGUUUACGCCUUUAAUG